AUGCUGGAGCUGAAAAUCCCACUAUCCCUGUCAAUUAAUAACACUGACUUAGGGGGCUUCAAAGCACUUGACGAAUACUCCCUACAACCUGCCUAUGAGGAGCCACUGCAGGGAGCAGAUGUGCUGUUGGGAGCUCCUGACUGGGAACCCUCCAGGGCCCGAGGCAGCUGUCCUGAUUGGCCGGAGCUUCCCUGUGCCUGCUACGAAGAGGAGCCACCGGAGCUUCCCUGGGCCCGGUACUGGGAGGAGCUGCCGGAACUCCCCUGUGCCCACUAUGAGGAGGAGCCGUCGGAGCCUCCCCAGCCCUGCUGUUACCUGGAGGAGCCGCCUGAGCACGCCUGGCCAGACUUCCCUGAGGAGCUGCCGGAUCUGCCACCAAGCCCUGGCCGAGAGGAGCCUAUGCUGAUUGACUGGCCUGGACCCGGUGCAACCGACGAGGUCAGGUGUCUGCUCUACAUCAUGCCCUGCUUCACUGCUGCUGGCCCUGAGAUCCAGCCUGGAGGCCAGAGUUGCCACCUACAAGAAAGGUGCCUUUGUAUUAUGUCCCCAAGCCUGGCCAAUGCACUACCUGUCUACACAGCUGCUUCUAUAGGCUGGCCAGGGCAGCUCAAGCAGCAGAGGGUGAAGAAGCACAGACAACAACCUCAGGUACCCAUUCACCGGACUUCAGCUGCAUGUCCCUGACCCCAAACCCUCCCAGGUACUCGGUUCCUACCCUGUGCAGAAUCUCACUCCCUUCAAACAUCUCAGCAAAGAGGGCUGUUAAGAAGAUUCUUCCCCUUGCUCUGGCGUGGGGAAUUAAUGUAGUAAUGUCAGAUGCCCGCAGGUGCUUGAGGGAACACAUCACCAGACAUCAGCAGUACCAGGAGAAAGGAGCUGGAGCGCUACUGAGAAGCAAAAUGGGAGAGUAACGAAAUACUUCUCCGCUGGCCUGUAUUUACUGAGGGAUAAUCUACACUGAUUGCUAUAUUUGCUUUCUACAACCAACUCUCUGGAUAACUUUUCAUGAGUGUACCCCACUAUUUGGAUGUUAAUAUCUAAACUGUAUUGCUAAUUUAUUCACCUAAAUCUGGAUUGUUUCAGAUUAUGCACUAUCUGUAUCUUCUGACUUUUAAACCAAACUUUGGAUAAGCUAAGCACUAUGCACAGACACUCUUUUUUUCUUAACUUGUAUA